CCGCGUCAAGUGCAUGCGCGCUCUCGGCAUCUGCACAUGUGCAAGUGAGCGUCAGUCGCAAACAACUCUCUGAAUGAUCACGUUCAUAACAUGUUUUCUUCACAGAUGAAGAGGGGAUGAAGGGACGACAUCUGCACGAGAGGUCUGUUGGGGUGAUGAAUGUAGAUCUGUAUAUCUCACUGGGUCAGUGUGACGACAUCACCCACUUUUGAAUACUUCAUCCCCUUCAAAAGGACCCCUCACACCCCUGUACGCUGCCCCACAGGAUACGUCCCCAUCAUGGGGGAGAGGCUGGGCCGCCCCACGCCCCUCCUAUCCCGCGCACACGCAUUCGGAUGGGCCAGCAACAGCGUCAAACUAAAAAACGACUGUGACAAUGAUCACGACUUCUUGGGUCAGGGCUCACAGAGCAGCCUGGAGGAGGCAGCAGCGGCCAGCCCUUCUCUAAGAGCGACCCACUCUCCUGUUUCACUGGAACUAGAGCCUGUGGUGAAUAAUGGAUCAAGCGUGCCCGUCUUUACAGGUGGUCACACAAAAGAGCCACCAGCGCACGGCAAACUCGGCCAGGCGUGCUCCUCCUCUGCCCUCUCCAUCUCUACCGCCCUCGUCCCCGGAGAGACGCCGCGCCCGUCGCCCGCCGCUCGCUUCUCCCACGGUCCCUACCACGCCAAGACUAGCAUGCAGGGUGAUGUGUACAACUUCUUAGAGAGACCCGCUGGCCUGAGGUGUUUCCUGUAUCACUUCCUGGUGUUCCUCAUGGUCCUAGUGUGCCUGAUAUUCAGUGUCCUGUCCACUAUCGAGCAAUAUGCCGAUUUUGCCACUGGAUCUCUCUUCUGGAUGGAGAUUGUGUUGGUAGUGUUUUUCGGAUCGGAGUACGUGGUCCGUCUGUGGUCGGCAGGCUGUCGGAGCAAAUAUGUUGGUGUUAAGGGACGCCUGCGUUUCAUCAGGAAGCCCAUCUCAAUUAUAGAUCUGAUAGUGGUGGUCGCCUCUGUUGUGGUUUUGAGCGUUGGAUCUAAUGGGCAGGUCUUUGCGACAUCAGCUAUCAGAGGAAUCCGUUUCCUGCAGAUCUUGCGAAUGCUGCACGUGGACCGUCAGGGAGGAACAUGGAGACUUCUGGGAUCCGUGGUCUUUAUUCAUCGGCAGGAGCUGAUCACCACACUGUACAUCGGAUUCCUCGGUCUGAUCUUCUCUUCAUAUUUUGUGUAUCUGGCGGAGAAAGACGCUGUGGAUGAGGAAGGAAAAACUGGUUUUUCCAGCUAUGCUGAUGCCCUGUGGUGGGGUGUGGUUACAGUGACUACAAUCGGCUACGGAGACAAAGUGCCUCAGACGUGGAUUGGGAAGGCCAUCGCUUCCUGCUUCAGUGUGUUUGCAAUAUCUUUCUUUGCUCUGCCCGCGGGGAUUCUGGGAUCCGGCUUUGCUCUUAAAGUUCAACAGAAACAGAGACAAAAACAUUUUAAUCGUCAGAUUCCUGCCGCUGCCUCCCUUAUACAGCAUAAACGUAACUCUCACGUCCAGACGCUGUGGAGAUGUUACGCCUGCGAGAAGCCGGAUGGGUGUGCGGCCACGUGGAAGAUGUACGUGUUGACGGGCGACUACAUCCCCAUCGCAAACUCUGAAAACUCCAGUCCUGGGAAUUUCAGACGCCUGAGCAAGCGAUAUAAGCGCAAGCCCAAAGGCCCGCGUGACAAUGGAUCCAUAGGUCCCGUCGGAGAGAGAACGCUUUCCAUCCCUCAGAUCACCUAUGAGCACAUCGAUGACAAAGAUGGCGUCUUUUCAGAGGAGUCCCCAGGUAUCACUAAACUCUUUCGUUCAUCAGCAGACUGCCAGCGUUCCUGGUCAGCUUUCACCCUCAGCUGUCCCGCUUCUCCAGUGAAGAAAAAGUUGGACGACCCUGACAUCUCACGAAACAACAGCCUGAUGGAUGAACUGGAUUUAGCUGGCGAUGAUAUUCCUCUACCUGUAGUCACCCACCCAUCACAUUGGUUAACAAGUCCGUUUGUUGAAAAGGAACAAGAUUCGGUCGCCACUCAGCACCUGAACUCAAGGAGACUUUCUCACGCACACAAAUCUGCCAUCAAGGUCAUAAGAAGGAUGCAGUAUUUUGUGGCUCGACGGAAAUUUCAGCAAGCGAGGAAACCGUACGACGUGCGAGACGUGAUUGAGCAGUAUUCACAGGGACACCUGAACAUGAUGGUUCGCAUCAAAGAACUCCAGAGAAGGUUGGAUCACACGUUGGGAAAACCGGGAAUGUUCCUGCCAGAGAAAGGUGUGGACAAAGAAUAUCAUACAGUUGGAGCCCGACUGAUUCGGCUGGAAGAUAAGGUGCUUCAGAUGGACGUCAAACUGGAGAACAUUUUGAAAAUCCUGGUCGAGCAUUUCCAGCCCAAACCAGAACUUCUGCAGAAACCCAACCAGUACAGCUCUCGUGUGACCGUCAUGAAACGACUGGGCGUCAGUAUGGAUGAGACGCAUUGAGCAUCAUCAUAGACACGACCAGACGCCGACUCAUACUGUGUAUUGUGGGAAACGUGAUGCAUAGAAACGGAAAACUUUUGUUUCCACUUCCUCUUUUGUAAGAUCAUCUGAGGACGACAAGAUCAGCUAAAGAAGACAGGAACUACAAGUGUAACUUGUAGGAUGUCAUUCAGGAUGCAUGUCAACAAUGUCUAAGCUUUUUAAACACUAUCAAUCCUUUGCUCUUUAUUUUUGUAUUGCUCUGGUAUCACACCAGAAAAAAAUGUAAAAGUUACUGUAGGUUUACAAUCGAGCUUCCACAACUCAUGUGAUCCAGUGGUGCUACACCUACUUUAUACGGCUCGUUUUGUUUAAGCACAAGAAAUGUCACAUUUUGCAUCCACAACUGUGAUGGAGGGCUCACGGUACACGUUUUGUGAAUUCAGCAUCGAGCGCUGAUAGGGAAACCCCAUUCACACAGCACUUUGGUCCCAGAAAAUUUCCGUAAAAUGGUCAGAGGGGCUUCUGUGUGAACACAACAUAUCCCGUAAAUGUCCUGGGAUCGCUCCGUAAAGAAGAACUAGUAACAUUCACGGAAAGCAUUCU